AUUUUUCCCCGUUGGACACUGGCCUAUCCGUGUGUUUGAAGGGCAGAGGGGAAAAAUGGCGCUCUCUACCACAUCAAGAACCCUUAUAAAAACUAUAAAACCCUAACACUGGUUCAUUCAAAUUCAAAUCCCGAUAACAUGGCCUCAUUUAGACUUCUAAUUGGUCAGUCGCUUCGAUUCAAUCCCACCGGAAGAUCUGGCCUCCUCUCUCUCCUCUCAUAUUGCAGACUACAGAAUGGAAUGCACACCCGGUAUAUUUCCUCCACAGUUGAGGUUCCAGAAUUUGAACAGUAUGAACCCCAUGAUGAUGUCAAAGCAACAGAAAAAGAUGCUGCACUGCGUUCGGCCCUUGUGCAGCUUCGUGGUGAUUUUUGUGAAGAGUCUAUGUUGUCUUUGCAACGAUUCUUUGGCUCAAGACGUGCACCUGUAAUAUCUACAGGCUCUUUGAGGCUUGAUCUAGCCCUUGGGAUUGGAGGAUUACCAAAGGGAAGGAUGAUUGAGAUUUAUGGGUGGGAAGCAUCAGGCAAGACAACACUUGCUCUUCAUAUCAUUAAAGAAGCUCAAAAGCUUGGAGGUUAUUGUGCAUAUCUUGACGUGGAGAAUGCAUUGGAUCCUUUGCUUGCUGAAUCAAUCGGUGUAGACACAGAAAAUCUCCUUAUUUCACAGCCGGAUUCCGCUGAAAAUUUGUUGAGCAUGGUUGAUACACUGACCAAAAGUGGAUCUAUAGAUGUAAUUGUGGUUGACAGCGUUGCUGCUCUUGUUCCCCGGUGUGAAAUUGAUGGCCUGGUAGGUGGCACUUACAGAGAUCUUCAAUCACAAAUAAUGACCAAAGCGUUACGGAAAAUUAACUAUUCAUUGUGCCACUCCAAGACUCUAGUCAUUUUUGUUAAUCAGAUGAGAUUCAAUCUAAGAUCAGGGCAAGAAGGCUUCAGACCUACAGAUUUUGCAACUUGUGGGGGAAACGCCUUGCGAUUUUAUGCUGCAAUUCGGAUGAGAACUAUUAGAAUAGGAUUGCUCAAGACUGAGGAUAAGGUUACUGGUCUUGGGAUUUGCGUAGAAGUGGUGAAAAACAAACUGGCACCAGCGAUGAAAAAAGCUGAACUAGGGAUACAGUUUGGGAGAGGCAUUUGCUGUGAAUCUGAGGUCUUGGAGUUGGCUUGUGAACAUGGAGUCAUUUUGAAAGAAGGAAGCAACUACUUCAUUGAAGGGGAAGUUUUGGGAAAUGUGAAGGAAGCUGAACGUUAUUUGGCCGAAACUGAUGGGCUUUUGGAUAAGAUAGUCAAAACUUUAAGAAGUCGAUUGUUUAAUAUAGAAACAUAAUCCUAGAGGAUCAUUGACAAGAUUAGCUUUACUCUGGCAUUGAUUCGGGUGGAAGCAUGACAUAGCAGUUGAUUAAUGUGAUGAGAAUUUGGUGCAGCUAUACAUCGACAUUUGAAGUUUGCUCCUUUUCCAUCUUGUGAAGCCUCAAAAGGUAUUCUAUCAUUCAUAUUUGGGAAGGUUCAUCUUUGUCUGCGACAAAAUUUUGAGUUCCACCAUGAAAAUGGAGGCUGCUGCUGCUGCUGUACUUUAACCCAGAAAAUUGGAGUGUAGGAUUACUAAAUGCCUCAUCUUUGUAAAAUUUGUUGCAACCUACCCUUUGUAUUAUGACGUAACUCGUUGUGAUGAAGCCUCCUUGACAGAGGCUCUGUACCCAUUAAGAACUGGAUUUUUUUAAAUAUAUAUAUAUUUUUAAUUCAAAAUUUAAAA